GUUAGUUAUUGAUCCUAAAGAACUAGCCUAUCCUGUGAAUACACCAAGAGAAAGGACAGUGUAUAGUGUAAAAGAUGUAAUGUCUGCUAUUGACAAGAGAGAAGAGUUUUUAGUAAAUGCUAACGGAACAUGUGAAGAAUUGAAGAGGAUCCUACCUGAUGAAUCAUUAUCAGAUAUUAGUAACCUGUCACUAUUAGGAGGACGUGAUAUUAAGGGAGAUGGAAAGAUUAAUAAUGAUGAGGGGAUAGUGGGAAUCAUUAAAGAAGAGUAUGGAACUGCUUCAAAAGGACAUUCUGAUAUUGAUGUACAAAAGGCCAUUGAUGAAGAACAAGAAAAACAGACUGAUAAACUGCUUGAUAUUACAGAUCUUGCUACAGUCCUUCAAGAAUUAGAAUCAAAUCAGCAGUUUAGUUACACUGAUUGGUAUCAGUUGGGUCUCUACUUAGGAUUAUAUGAGCGUACACUAAAAGCAAUUGAAGAAGAUUACAAGAAAUCAAAGAAGUGUCUAAUGGAGUGUAUAUCUUCCUGGCUAAAGGGAGAGGAUGGAGUAAGAGAGACAAGAGGAGGUGGAUCAAACUGGAUAUCAUUAGUAGCAGCACUAGAUACAAUAGGGCAGAGGAAGGUUGCUGAUAACAUUAGAAAGAAGUAUUUACACGUACUAUAAACUAUACUAGUAAUUGCUGCAUCCUUUGUAAACGUUUGGUUCCAUUUUUAAAAUAAUUUUUAUGUCAAUUUUCCACUUGAUCCUGAACAAAA